AACAAACCCCAGCGCGCUCUCUCUCUCCAAAAAAAUAUCAAUUUUUUAAAAAAGAAAAAAAAUUGCAAAAUCUUAAAUCAAAUUAGGGUUUCAAAAUAUAAUUAUUCUCCUCCUCACCUGCUUUAUCAAAUCUCUCUCGUAUGCGGGAUCUUCACUGCUCCAUCUUCGUUGUUUCGUUAAUUUCCAGGACGGAUCUGGAUGGGAGAUGAAAUUUGGGGUUAUUGUCUUGGGGUGAUUGGAUUGAGGGAUUGUUGAUGGAAAAUAGCAUAGAAAAUUCUGCAGGUGUUAAAAGUCCGAGGAAGAGCAGAUCUUUAGAUCUUCAAAGCCUUUAUAAAUCUGGGAUUUCCAAAGAGGUACGGAGUAAAACGGAAUUUUUUGAAGAAAACCACCGUGAAGAUGUUAACAAGAAGAAGAAGAGGAAGAGUAGGAAGGAGGUGCCAUUGAGUCAUUUUGAUCCCCAGGCUAAAAAGAAUAGGAAGGAGCGUGUCAAUGAGGUGACGGCUGAGUUGGAAUUGAAAACAAAAUCCAGCAGUGGCACUAAUGGAUUGAAUGACAUUUCGCUUGCUUUGGGCGAAAAAGCCAACAUUUUUAAGAUUCCAAGACGUCCACGUGGUUUGGUGGGGCGGAAAAAGUUUGAAAGUAAUAAGGAUUCUAAGCAGCUAGGAAUUUCUAAUUCUGUUGAUUGGGUUGAAAAAUAUAGUGCUGAAACUAAUAAGUACGAGGACGGAGGUGGUCCAGAUGAUGAGAUAGUUAAGGUAGUAGACAUUUCUGCAGCAAAGAUUGGUAGUUCAAAAGUAAAGCGAAGGUUUGGCCAUGAUGAAGUUAAGGAGGGCAGGACGAAAGCAGCUCGACGAGAUAAGGAAGAAGACUGUCGUGUUGGUGUAAAUAAUGGUGGUACUUCUUCUGAAAAGCGGUGGAGCAACAUUAGAAAGAGGAAACCUUUGGCCACUGGUAGUGCGGGCAGUGGAACUGCAUCAAAGAAGACUGAGCCUUCAUUGGGUAAUUUAGUCUCAGCUAAUCACGCCAUUGAUUUUCAAAAUGAUGUUGAUGACGACAAUGAUGAUGAGGAGAACCUGGAACAGAAUGCAGCUAGGAUGCUUUCAUCUCGAUUUGAUCCAAGCUGUACAGGAUUCUUGUCAAAUAGCAAAUCUGACGUAUCACGAUGUGCUAAUGGAUUCUCUUAUCUGGUUUCUUCUGCUCGAGAUACGGUUAGUCGAGAGGCUAACUCAUCUGCUGGUUUGGAGUCUGCCUCAGGUCAUACUGACAUCAGGAACCUUAGACCAAGGAAAGAGCACAAAGGGAAGCGCAUUUCAAGAAAACGCCGUCAUUUCUAUGAGAUUUUUUCAGGGGACGUGGAUGCAUACUGGGUUUUGAACCGCAGAAUCAAAGUUUUCUGGCCAUUGGAUGAAACUUGGUAUUAUGGCCUUGUGAGUGAGUAUGAUUCCGAGAGUAAGCUUCAUCAUAUAAACUAUGAUGAUAAAGACGAGGAAUGGAUUAAUCUUCAAAACGAGAAGUUUAAACUCUUGCUUCUCCCUAGUGAGGUUCCUUUCAAUGCGAAAUCCAAAAAACCAUCCAGAGUUGAUAAAUUUGUUCAUAAAGGUAAAGCAGGCAUGGCUGAUGAUGAUGAUAGCUCUGUAGGGACAUAUUUGGACUCAGAGCCCAUUAUAUCAUGGCUGGCUCGAUCAUCUCGUUGUGUCAAACCUUUACCUAAUUCUUUGAAGAAACAGAAAACCAUGCAAGCGCAUCUUCCUGUGGUCUCUCAGCCGUGGGUUGACAAAUCAGAUAACAAGAUCAAAGGCUUGGAUUCCUCUGAAAGCGACAGGAGUCAGGUAACACUGCCAGAUGAUUCAGAUGUUGUGAGAAGGGUCGCCAAAUCUCGUGUUGGAACCCAAACUAACUUCCAAAAUAGAAAUCCUGUAGUGUAUAUGAGGAAGCGUUUUCGCAGCAAUAGUGAAGGGUUCUCUUCUGCUUCUAGACAUGGCAAAGCACGUGAAAGUUCUACCUGUAAGGGCAAGGUUACCCUUCCUGCACCACUUAUGAAUAGCAUGCAGACUACAGAAGGUUACAAGCUAUAUUCCGGAUGUGUGGAUAUUACCAAGCUGUCAUGGUCAAUUGAUUAUGAUAAUGACCUCAGAUUAAGUACAUCAUUAGUAUCUUCUGAAAGAUUGAGAAUUGAAAUAUGCGUACCUCGUUUGCCUUUCCUGGAAUAUCUACUUGGGAAAGGAGAUAUUUGGCUGUCCCAUACUGUGCUACUGCUUCAUCAUGGUGCGAUUGUGACUGCAUCACCUACUGUAAUGAUGGAGAUUCUUUUCGUCGACACUGUUGUUGGGGUGAGAUCUCUCUUGUUUGAAGGCUGCCUGGAACAUGCUGUAGCCUUAAUCUUCCUCAUCCUGACAGUGUUCGAUCAACCUGCUGAACAGAGGAAUGUUGACAUGCAGUUGCCAGAGACCUCAAUGAGGUUCAGACUUUCUUGCAUUCAAGAUCUAAGAAAGCAGCACCUUUUUGCAUUUUAUAGUUUCUCCAAACUGAAAAAGUCGAAGUGGCUAUGCCUUGACUCUAAGCUUCUGCAACAUUGUGUACUCAUGAAACGACUACUGGUAUCAGAGUGCACAUAUAAUAAGAUCAAGUCACUUGAACAUGAGAGCUUUCCGAUGCCAAAACCUUGUGUUCGUUGGGCACUGCCCUCAUUUGAGGGUUUAAAGAAGAAAGAUGUGCUUGGCAUUCUGCCUAUGGGUGUUUCUAGAGAAUCCUGCAAGAUAAGGAUGAACCAGGCUGUUUUUAAUUUGGCUUCAAAGCUUGCAGAGCUUCAAACAUUUGCCUUUUCAUUUACUGCUGCACCUGCCUUCUUCACAACACUGCACCUCAAGCUGCUCGUGGAUCACAAUUUUGCUUGCGUCAACCUUCAGGAUCAUGGCAUAGUGUGCACACUGAAAACUCCAGAAAUUUCUUGCCAACCUACUACAGAUGACUGCACUCAUAUUGAGUCCUGCCUGGUGAAUGUUCAAGAUAAAAUUGCUAAACAUAAUAAUGUAGGAACAUUGUUGACCAGAGCUCCCGCUUCUGUAUUGUUGUCUAAUUCUGAACAAGAGUCAGGGAAAGAUGUCUCCAUAAGCAAUGUUUUUGAUAAAUCUGACUCGUUUGUGGUUCUUCACAAGGAGAAGUCAGACAGCUCUGAAACUACUGGUUGUUCCAAAGGUUUCGAAAAGAAUGUAACUGAGCUUCUAGUUCAAUCACCUGAGUGUGAAUCGAAUAAGCAGAUGCAUGAGCAGUGUGUUGUAAUUGCACCCCAGUCCAUCACAUCUCCAAUCUCCAGUCCUGGAUGUGAUUAUGGGUUGAGUGGCAUGAGUGUGGAAGUUCCGUCCCUUGUCCAAUUUGAUUCACUGUUUGGUCAGAGAGGACAUAUAUCCCGACAGAUUUCUGAUGUAAGUUGGAAUAUGAAUGAUGGUCUUGUCCACAGCCCGAAUCCCACUGCUGCACCUUCUGAAGAUCUGUCACCUGUCUGGCAUGAAGGGAAGGGGAACUUUAUGACCAAUGGAUUCAGUAAUGGGCCAAAGAAGCCACGUACUCAAGUUCAAUACACAUUGCCUUUCGGAAAUUAUGAUGUAAGUGCGAAGCAGAAAACCCAUAACCAGAAAGUUCUACCUUGCAAAAGGAUUAGGAGAGCUAAUGAGAAGAGAGUGUCUGAUGGUUCUAGGAGUUCUCGAAGAAAUCUGGAGUUCUUAGCGUGUGGUGCAAAUGUUUUAGUCACCCUUGGGGACAAAUGUUGGAGAGAAUAUGGAGCACAAGUUGUCUUAGAACUUUCAGAUCAUAAUGAAUGGAGAUUGGCUAUUAAAUUUUCUGGAAUUACAAAAUAUUCAUUUAAAGUUCAACAUAUUUUGCAGUCUGGGUCAACUAACCGCUACACACAUGCUAUGAUGUGGAAAGGGGGAAAGGACUGGGUACUGGAGUUUCCUGACAGGAGCCAAUGGAUGCUUUUCAAGGAUAUGCAUGAAGAGUGCUACAAUAGGAAUAUUCGGGCUGCUUCUGCGAAGAACAUCCCUAUCCCUGGAGUCCAACUUAUCGAGGAAAGUGAAAUUUAUGGACCUCAAGUGCCAUUUGCUAGGAAUCCUUUACGGUACUUCCAACAGGUUCAAACUGAUGUUGAAAUGGCGAUGGAUUCCUCUCGUAAUUUAUAUGAUAUGGAUAGUGAUGAUGAGCUGUGGUUGAUGAUAAACAAGAAAUCUUUAUCCUCCGAUGACAGUAGACAUGGAGAGAUAUCUGAUGAAUUGUUUGAGAAGACCAUCGACGUGUUGGAAAGAGUUUCAUAUGUCCAACAUCGUAUUCACUUCACAAAUGAUGAACUUGAAGAGCUGAUGGCUGGGAUGGAGUCCAAAGAAACUGCUAAAAUCAUUUAUGAGCAUUGGCGACAGAAGAGGGAGAGAAUGGGCAUGCCAUUAAUACGUCACCUCCAGCCCCCUCUUUGGGAGAGGUAUGAGCAGCAGCUGAAAGAGUGGGAGCAUUCCAUGGCCAGAGGCAACACUGUCCUCUCCGCUGGUUUCCAGGAAAACUUGUCCCCUCUUGAGAAACCACCUAUGUUUGCAUUUUGUCUAAAGCCACGAGGUCUAGAUGUUCCCAACAAGGGUUCAAAACAACGUUCCCACAGGAAAUUCCCAGCUUCUGGAUACAACCAUACUGUUUCAGGGGAUCAGUAUGGCCUUCAUGCUUCUGGGAGAAGAUCUACUGGGUUUGCUUUUGGAGAUCAGAAGGGGUUAUAUCCAGUCAAUAUAUAUGAUUCCGCUGAUGCUUCACCAUUGUUAUUGGCUUCAAGUCGGGUAAUGUCUCCAAGAGAUGCUGGUGGACUAGGAAAUUUCUUAUUGAACACCGAUGCAUCUGAGUGGAAUCGUCAAACCAAAUUUUAUAACAAACCGAAGAAGCAUGGAUCAUAUUCAUCUUAUAAUAUUCAGCACACAAUGGCCUCUUACAACAAGAGAACAUGGAACACAAAUGGGGCUCCACAGCGGAACACGGGUAUACCCGAGUGGUCUAGUCAGAAGCACUACUAUUUUGAUGGACACCAGAGGCUUGGGGUUGAGCAGUUGGACGGUUCAGAUCUACACGAGUUCCGAUUGCGUGAUGCGUCGGGUGCAGCGCAGCAUGCGCGUAAUAUGGCUAAACUCAAGAGGGAGAAGGCCCAGAGAUUGCUUUACAGAGCAGAUUUAGCCAUCCACAGAGCAGUGGUUGCUUUAACGACAGCAGAUGCAAUCAAAGCUGCUUCAAACUCAAAUGGCAGUGGUUAAAAUUGAUUGGUGUGAUUAUGUAAUUAUAAAUAGCUUAUCAAAGUUGCACGACUGUUUUGAGUGGCCUCUGUUUUUUCCGAGACGUUUGACCCCCAUCUUUGUCUAUAGCAGUAUAGCUAGAGCAGUCAGUGCAGCAUAUGUUGGCUUCUGCCAAUCCAGAUGGUGCUUUUCCCCAGCAAAACCAGUUAUUCCUGCAGUUCUGGUUUCUAGCCUUUUUAUCUGCUUUUCUGGAAGGAGCCAAUUUCAAUUUUUCAGUCAGAUGCAACUUCUCUGGUUACUUUUGCCAGCACAAGGGCGUGCGGAAUUUUUGCUGUCAAGCGCUGUACAGGAAAUUUUAUUGCCUUUUUUUAUCCUCUGAUCUACCAUUCAACCUUAGUUUUAGUGUUCCAUAUUAGUAGAGUAAUGAACCCAAGUAAUAUACAUCCCUUGGAAUCAGUUUAUGAGUUUGAAAUUGA